CGAGAAUUAUCCGGAAAAUUGUAAGUUUGUAGUUCAGCGUUGCAUACUAACUUGCGUUACGUUUAAUUUGCAUGUCACCCUUAUUUUUGCCGCCAUCGGAGUUCGUCCUGAGUUUUCUAGCCAUCCAAAAAUAGACUUAGUAUAGUUAUGUCGAAGAAUUACAUAAAAGUGCUUUUGGAGCCUUUUCGUGAGAGUAAAGUGUUCGGUUCGCUUGUGAACUUGUUCGUACCGGCCGCGAGUGAUAAUGUUAAGGACGUUAAAAGUGGAAAAAAUAAGGUCCCGGCGGGGCGAGCUGGUGCGGCGCAGUACAGCACGGGGGUGCGGAAGGUGACCCUCAUCCCGGGCCAUGGCAUCGGCCCUGAAAUCACGGUGGCCGUGCAGAAAAUUUUCGAAGCUGCCAAAGUACCUAUUGAAUGGGACGAAGUGGACGUCACAGCUGUUAGGGGUCCAGAUGGAAAGUUCGGCAUCCCACAGAAAGCGAUAGACUCCGUGAAUGCUAACAAGAUUGGUCUCAAGGGUCCUUUGAUGACCCCGGUCGGCAAGGGCUAUCGGUCGCUCAACUUGGCCCUAAGGAAGGAAUUUGACUUGUACGCUAAUGUGAGGCCUUGCAAGAGUUUGGAUGGCAUCAAAACCCUGUACGACAACGUGGACGUGGUGACGAUCCGUGAGAACACCGAGGGUGAGUACUCGGGCAUCGAGCACGAGAUCGUGGACGGCGUGGUGCAGUCCAUCAAGCUGAUCACGGAGGAGGCGAGCAAGCGCGUCGCCGAGUUCGCGUUCCAGUUCGCGCGCGACAACAAGAGGAAGAAGGUCACCGCUGUGCACAAGGCUAACAUUAUGCGUAUGUCUGACGGUCUGUUCCUGCGGUGCUGCCGCGAGCUGGCCACCAAGUACCCCGACAUCAAGUUCGAGGAGCGCUACCUGGACACCGUCUGCCUCAACAUGGUGCAGGACCCGUCCAAGUUUGACGUAUUGGUGAUGCCCAACUUGUACGGCGACAUCAUGUCGGACAUGUGCUCGGGGCUGGUGGGCGGGCUGGGCCUCACGCCGUCCGGCAACAUCGGCAAGAACGGGGCACUCUUCGAAUCUGUGCACGGCACGGCGCCAGCGAUUGCCGGACAAGACAAGGCGAACCCCACCGCCCUGCUGCUCUCCGCUGUCAUGAUGCUGCGGCAUGUGAGCCUGCCAGAACACGCGGAUAACAUAGAGCGGGCGUGUUUCCACGUGCUGAGGGAGGGCAAGGUCCUCACCGAAGACCUCGGAGGGAGGAGCACUUGCACUGAAUACACCAAUGAAAUUAUCAGGAAUUUGAAUUAGAGCGGUGUGGGAAGCUGGUGGUAGGGUAAGGUACAUGUACUUAGAUGUUUUCCAUCGCGUCUGGUUUAAUGCUGGUUAAGGUGAGCUCAAGACAACUGAAUCCAUUUAGAGAAGUAAUGAAAUCUGAGUCUUUAAUGUGAUUGACACGCUUCCAUCCCAUCCCCUCAGGUGGCUUGUAAAGCAGCCAAGUUUGUAAUAUAAAAGACAUAUGUGGUUCCAACCCUACUUUAUAGUGGAACAAAGGCAGAAAGCUACAUAGGUCUGUACCUUAUCAUACUCCAGUGGACCACCGGCUCCGCUAAAAACUUAGUUCAAUUAUUAGAUCAAAAUGAAUUUGCUAUUUAGUAUUUAUAUUCCACUUAGAUGAUCUAGUGCUUAAUGCGAGAACCAUCAGUUUGUCGUAUUUGACAAUCCAUUGGUUCUUUUGUAGGUUUAUUUGAGUUUAGAUCUGCUGUGUCAAUGUAUUAUACCAAUGUACAAUUUUAAUUUAUUUGAUGCUAAAACAGGCUCUGGAUGCUUGGAAACAUUGUUUAAGCUUUGACUUUGGACAAUGCAUAUUGUCAAAUGGGGAAAAUACCAAUAACCACCUAGAUAAAAUAUCUUUCGUGCCAGGAAUCCAUACAAUAUUAAAAUUGAUGGAGGAAAUUGGGUUUUUUAGAAAGGAAGUAAGUAGAAAAGUAAGCUAUCGGUUUAUUCAGAUCAACGGCAGAUAUUGAAACAUCUGGACCCAGCUCCUAUCUCGCCUUACUACUUUGGUUAUUUCCCCAGGUCCUGGUCAGCUGUCUGACUACUCCCUUGGGUUAGAUAUUACAUGCCAAAGUAUCUGUAAAUCAGAUUUUUGGGCUGUAAUCGAGUAUUGGAGUGAAAAAAUAUGAAGUUUCCCAAACUAAUGUAUUAGAUAUUGUGACAGAUUUUGAAUCCACAUUCAAAUUAAAUUUCAGAACUGCAAAAUUUAUGAGCCAGCCUACUACUUCGGAAAGAAGGGCGAUAAUGUGUAUGUAAUAUAACUACAUAAUAUUGACUUUGACCCUACUUUAUUUCCAGUGAGUUUAUUCAUGAAAAAAGGUUUCAUUCUUUACAAUACUUUACGGUAGUCCAAAGUUUUAAGUCUUUUGGGGAACAAAAAAGGGAUGGUCUUACAUUGUAUUGCAACAAAGUGCUGAAGAGUUUAAAAUUACCACUUUUAAAUCGUUAGAUUUUAGUUAGUUAAAUUUGAAGUAUUACCACAUGUUACCAUUAUUAUUUAUUAAAUACCACCUGUACUACAAGUAUUAAAUACGCAUUUAAUAGUAUUUUUUUUCGUACACAUUGGCAACACUUGCCAAGGUUACCAGCCUUCGUAAUAUACCAAAUUAGUAAAUAACCAAGUUUAUUGCAAGAGUUCACUUAUGGACACGACAGUAUUUAUAAUUAAUAGUAUUUUGUAAAAAAAAGUACAGAAAUUAUGGGACAAUACAAAAACUACAGUGUUGUUAGUUUUAAUAUCUUUACACCAAAUUUCAUUAGUGAUGAUGAUAUGUGAUGAACUGUAAACCGUUGUAUUUAUUACGUUAUUUAUUAGUAUUCUGGUUACAAACUUAGAUUUAAUCUGAGUGUAGAUACUAUUUAUUAAUGUAUUCAAUAAUUGUUUCUUAAAUUAUGAAGUUUGUCGAAGACUAGAAAAAUACUUAAAUUGUACUAAAGAUGUUUUAUACGCCCGUUAUGGAUAGUUAAAACAUUAAAAAGUGUAUUUUAGCAUCUUAAAACUACUCGAAAUUCAAAAGUGUAUUGUGAAGUUUGAUUUUGAAUACAAAUUGUGUUAAAUAAAUACUGUUUUUCGGACUUAGCUAAUCUUAUGAGAUUGUUUUAUUGUUGCCAGCAUUGCUUAAGUGAUUUCUACCAAGUACAUGAUUAGUAACAGGAGUGAUCAAUUUUGUGAGUAUAAUUUUAAGUUUUAAUUUUAAUGUAAAUAAAGCCAUUUAAAAACGUA